AUGUCCUUACAUGACGAACCGUUGAGCUUCACCCGCAGAUCAACAUCGCCGCGCUCUUCCCUCCAUCACACUUCGGCAUCGUCACGUCAACUCGAGUGUGUGUGGCACGGCACGUCUUUUGAGAAGAGUCCACCACGGACGCGAACCAAUCCUCGCUAUCGAAACCCGGAGGGCUCUCGUCGCUUCUUCAUUUACCAUUGGAUGAAGGCGGUUUUUCGAAAUGAGAUGCACAAAAUUCUUCCCUUCGUGAUCGUACCCGUUGCGGUAAUACUUGGAAUUAUGGUGAUGCGCUGGCGAGAUGUCCCGGAUAGUAGACAUUUGAUUCCCUCUGACCACGGUCUGUUGAGCGGUCGAUUUACGAACCUGGAGGAUGCGCUGAAGCUACGCCUUGAUAGACUUGACGGCGACCUGCAACAGUUUCGGAAGUCAAUGGAUGAGCUGCGGAUCGACCUUUUCAAAGAGAUGAAUGGAAUCCGCAAAGACAACCGUGAUAGCCAGCAAGCUUGCUAUCAAACGGAGCGAAAUAUGCAGCACUUGCUGACGAAGACCAAUGAGAGCGAAAAGUCUUUGCUGCGCCAGCUAGAUGAUCUUGUCACGAAAUACCAGCAAGCUACCUCUUCUCAACAACAAGCCCAAGGCCCGCGCGAGUUCAAUUAUGCCAGCGCGCAAUACGGUGCCAAGUUCAAUCCUGCGCGGUCAAGCUCAACCUUUGCUCCACGGCUCGGCCAUUGGCUCGUCAACUACUUUGUUGCAUUGCAAACGGACACUUUUCCAUUGACGGAAAGGCCACUGCUGCAAUCGGGCGACUGCUGGUGCUUCGAGGGUAGCAAGGGCGUCUAUCACUUUACCCUGGCCAGGCCGGCCGUCGUUGACCGCAUCGAGUACCAGCAUGUCGGUUGGGACGGCGCGGAAGUACCUCCACUGAGCGCGCCACGAGAUUUGGAAUUCGAAGGCUACACAUAUGCGGACGAUGCAUCUGGAACCAUCUUGGGCAGCUGCGCCUAUGGAUCUCACGGGCUAUCAAAAGAAACUUGCCUCAUUGACAACUCAUCGAGCAUUGGCGCCGUCGAGGCCAUUUCGGUGCGGGUCAAUGGAAACCACGGACAAGCCUACACAUGCCUCUACUCGAUCAAAGUAUUCGGAAAAAAGACUCUCACCCAACUAUCGCCAACUGAAAUCGCGUCGGAAACUGUCUGCCCAUUUAUAUAUUGCCUGAAUAAACUUUUUAUCCCUGUGCGUUUCCGGUUGGUUUUUGUGAAUUUUUACCCCCGUUUUUGGCCAGUC